AUGCCAGAUGCAUUCGUUGAUACAGGGUGGCACCAUUGCAACACCCUCGAGGCAGCUGACGUGUGGGACAAGCCAACUCACCCAUACCAGUUCGUGGUGAUCACAGACUCCGCGGGCACAAAAACCAUUGUUAUAUGCCCAGUCUCUUCCACGGCUCGUUUAGCUCCAACAUUGAGCAGCCACAGGAUCUCAACUGAGGGGACACCUCAUAUCGCUGCUCGAAACCGGUCAAUAAAAAACAAAGCACGAUCACAUUCCCGUAGAAUCACACCACGCAGCCCUCAACAAUCGUAUGGAUACAGCCCCGAUUAUGACGACAACGAUACCCCUUCCUCAUCCUCGAGACCAACUUACACUGGCUACGAAAGCUCUUCGCGAUCAAGCAGUAACACCAGAACCCACGCUCCCCAGGGACAACAAUCAAUCCCGGAUACUUCUUAUCCCCCAUUCUCAUCAGCCGCAUCUUCCUCCUCUCGAUCAUCAAUAUCACCCCCCUCACAAAGACAACAGCCUCCUACAGCGGCGUUGGAUCCCCCUGUGCACAAAUCUUCAGUCACAAACUCGGAAGAGUCUACUCACCCACUUGAUAAUAGCAGCACAACCUCGGAAAAUCAUGGCACAGAUGAUCAACCACCUGCACCCCUAAUCAAACCUUCUACACCACCUCCUCCCCCUUCUUCCCAACCAUCAACCACCAGCCCUCAACCAACCCCCACCCCAACUCCUGCUGGUCCAGAUCUUCAGCUCCCUUCCAUCCCCGGAAUAACAGACAACAACAACAACAAUAACCCUGGUCCCGAAGCUCAAAAACCUUUCGACGUCGCUAAUCUACUCAAGAUAGGCGGCAGCUCAGUCUUAGGGGGCGGGUUGACGCUCGUAGCGAUUUUUUUUCUGGUCAAGUACUUUAUAAGGAGAAAGCAUGGUAAACAGGGUGGUGAGGGAGGGGAUGCUGAAGGGAAGAAUGGUGAUUUGGAGGCUGGACUUGGGGUGAUGGGCGUUGGGCUUGGUGGGAUAGGGAUUGGACAACAACAGCCGCAUCAGCAACAGAUUGUCGACGAUGGGAGCGGUAGUCAGCCGGCUGGUAUAUGA